GAAGAGGCGGAGCUCGCGGAGGAAGUCUGCAGUCGUCUGUGCUCGCUGUCUGGGCCGAAGGAGGGGCUUGCUGGUCGGGGAAAGGCUGAAUGUCCGGCGGCAUCGCCUGGGUGGUGUCGCCGCCGGGGUCCUGGGCCGGGCCGCCAUAUGAGACGGUUUAAGCGGAAGCAUCUUACAGUGGUCGACUGCCAUCAUUUGGCCCGGAGUCAUUUGGCUGUGACUCAGCCCUUCAGUCAGAGAUGGACAAACAGAGACCCUAACCAUGGUCUCUAUCCUAGACCCAGAACAAAAGGACGGAAUAGGGGUCGAGGAUGUCAGAGAUAUAUUUCUGAGUUCUUCCUAGCUGGCCACCAGCACUGUACCAAUGACAUGGCCAAAAGCAAUUCUGUUGGCCAGGACAGCUGUCAGGACGCUGAGGGUGACAUGAUUUUAACUGCAGAGAGCAGUUGUACUCUGCCUCAGGUGGAUAAUGGAGAAGCGAGGCUGGGCUCAUCAGGAUCUGCACAGCCUGCCAGGAAGCGGGCUCACUGCUUUGAGGAAGCCACAGAGAGCGGCCAGUGGGAUGGCGUUACUAAGAAGACACCGCGCCAUCGUUUGUUCCCAUCGUGUUCAAGGCUUAGGGAGGCCAGGCAAGGGGCAGAGGACAGUUUGUCCCAGUGCUCCCCAGUGCCGGGGGAAGCUGGCCGAGACAUUGAGGACAUUGGUCCUGAUCCCUUGCCUGACUCAUACUAUGGGCUUCUUGGAAUGUUGCCUUGUCAGGAAGUGCCCAGCCACAUUUGCAGGCUGCCAAGUGAAGUGCUGAGACACAUCUUUGCUUUCCUGCCAGUGGAGGACCUCUACUGGAAUCUCAGCCUGGUGUGCCACCUGUGGAGGGAAAUAAUCAAUGACCCGCUGUUCAUUCCUUGGAAGAAGCUAUAUCAUCGAUACUUGAUCAAUGAAGAGCAGGCUGUCAGCAAAGUGGAUGGCAUUCUCUCGAGCCAUGGCAUAGAAAAGGAUUCGGACCUAUGUGUGCUGAACCUCAUACGAUACACGGCCACCACCAAAUGCUCCCCAAGUGUUGACCCUGAGAGGGUGCUGUGGAGCCUGAGGGAUCAUCCUCUACUUUUGGAGGCUGAGGCGUGCAUGCGGCAACAACUACCUGACCUCUAUGCAGCUGCUGGGGGCAUUAACGUCUGGGCCUUGGUGGCAGCCAUGGUGCUCCUCUCCAGCUGUGUGAACGACAUCCAGCAUCUGCUCUUCUGCCUCAGGAGACCCAGCUCCACAGUGACCAUGCCAGAUGUCACCGAGACCUUAUACUGCAUAGCUGUGCUCCUUUAUGCCAUGAGGGAGAAGGGGAUUAACAUCAGCAAUAGGAUUCACUACAACAUUUUCUAUUGCCUAUAUCUUCAGGAGAAUUCCUGUACUCAGGCCACCAAAGUUACAGAGGAGCCAUCUGUCUGGCCAGGCAAGAAAACAUCUAUCCAGCUAACACAUGAACAACAGCUGAUUCUGAACCAUAAGAUGGAGCCUCUCCAGGUGGUAAAAAUUAUGGCAUUUGCAGGCACCGGGAAGACUUCUACCCUGGUCAAGUAUGCUGAGAAGUGGUCUCAGAGCAGGUUUCUGUAUGUCACGUUCAACAAGAGCAUCGCAAAGCAGGCAGAGCUUGUCUUCCCCAGCAACGUCAUCUGCAAGACCUUCCAUUCCAUGGCCUACAGUCACGUCGGGCGGAAGUACCAGCUGAAGAAGAAGUUGAAUCUCUUCAAGUUGACACCCUUUAUGGUUAACUCCGUCCUUGCUGAAGGAAAAGGUGGAUUUAUAAGGGCCAAGUUAGUGUGUAAGACUUUAGAAAACUUCUUUGCAUCAGCUGAUGAAGAGCUAACUAUCGAUCAUGUGCCCAUUUGGUGCAAGAAUAGCCACGGGCAGAGAGUCAUGGUGGAGCAGAGUGAGAAACUGAAUGGUGUCCUUGAAGCAAGCCGACUCUGGGACAACAUGCGGAAGCUGGGGGAAUGCAAAGAAGAGGCAUACCAAAUGACACAUGAUGGCUAUUUGAAACUCUGGCAGCUGAGCAAACCUUUGCUUGCCUCUUUUGACGCCAUCUUUGUGGAUGAGGCCCAGGACUGUACCCCAGCUAUCAUGAACAUAGUUCUGUCUCAGCCAUGUGGGAAGAUCUUUGUAGGGGACCCCCACCAGCAGAUCUAUACCUUCCGAGGUGCAGUGAAUGCUCUGUUCACAGUUCCCCACACCCACGUCUUCUAUCUCACACAGAGUUUUAGAUUUGGUGUGGAAAUAGCCUAUGUGGGAGCUACCAUUUUGGAUGUCUGCAAGAGAGUCAGGAAGAAGACGUUGGUUGGAGGGAACCAUCAGAGUGGCAUAAGAGGUGACAUAAAGGGACAAGUAGCUCUGCUGUCCAGGACCAAUGCCAAUGUGUUUGACGAGGCUGUCCGGGUAACAGAAGGAGAAUCCCCUGCAAGGAUACAUUUGAUUGGGGGGAUUAAAUCGUUUGGAUUGGACAGAAUCAUUGACAUUUGGACCCUUCUUCAGCCAGAGGAAGAACGGAGGAAACGAGACCUCAUCAUUAAAGACAGGUUCAUCAGAAGAUGGGUGCAUAAAGAAGGCUUCAGUGGCUUCAAGAGGUAUGUGACUGCUGCCGAGGACAAGGAACUGGAAGCGAAGAUUGCGGUAGUUGAAAAAUACAAUAUCAGGAUUCCAGAACUGGUAGAAAGGAUAGAGAGAUGCCACAUAGACGAUUUGGACUUUGCAGAGUACAUUUUGGGCACCGUGCACAAAGCCAAAGGGUUAGAGUUUGACACUGUGCACGUUUUGGAUGAUUUCGUGAAAGUGCCUUGUGCCAGGCAUAAUCUUGCCCAGCUUCCUCACUUCAGAGUUGAGUCGUUUUCUGAGGAUGAAUGGAAUUUACUGUAUGUUGCUGUUACUCGUGCCAAGAAGCGGCUCAUAAUGACCAAAUCCCUGGAGAACAUCCUGACUCUGGCUGGGCAACAACGAAGGAUGCUGGGUGGAAAGGAACGGCUCCUCGGAUGUACAGAGGCAAGGUUCCUGAAGCAGGUAGGCUCUAACAAGUGGUAUGAGAAUGGGGUCUGUGCCAGACUGUAUAGGCUUGCUUAAAAUGUCAGCGGUUUUCAUAUCAUUCUUAACUCUGCAUGUGCUCAGCUAAUUCACGUAUCCUGUGGGAAAACUGGCAAGUUUGUUUUCUAAAGCUACACUUCUCCCUUCUGCUUCUUCUGAAAUGGCAGCUGCUUCUUGCAGUAGGCUUUCCAAGAAGAAUUCACCCUUCUGGGGAACAUUAGUCUUUAGGCAUUGAGGCCAAGUCCCGUAUGGAGACUGAGGAAAGUGAGCUGGUUCAUACCCAGUCUUUUAUGUAAUCCUCAAGCUUUACCCGCCAUUAACAACUUCCUUUCCUUGCCUGCCUUAUCUCUGUCUCUGUCCUGCUUUUCACAGGCACAGGAUAAAUGAGUUCAGUCAACCACCCUUGAGUUUGUAUUAACAGUUCCUAGGAUGCAUCCUUCCUGAACCAAAGAGAUUUAAGUUGGGAGUUUAAACUGUAAGUGUGAAAGCUGACAGAGGUGCUUUCGCCUUCAGUGUUACAUUAGUGUUUAGACCUUUAAUAAACCAUUCUGGCAUAUGACAGCUUCCCAGUAGAAGUCUCACGGAACAGAAUAAUCAUUUCACACUGUGAGUUAGGUAGGAUUUUACCUUUGGAAGUGUUGAGACGGUAGAGUUGAGAAAAGAUUUCAUGAAGACUGGAGAGGAAGCUCAGUGGGUAACAGAGCUUGGCCCUGGGAGGAGUGAAUAACUUAGAAGGGAACCAAAACUGUCAGCUGAUACCACUAAUAAUGUUGUCUAACAUUCUUUUAUGUGUGUAGAAUCGUUAUGAAGCGAAAAGACACAAUGAAUUUGUGUAGCUGCUCUGGGAGGACUUGACAAAAAUCUGUUACUUAAGGAGUUUAGGCUGUCAGUUGUUAGGACUCAGUUGGAACCGGAAGGUUUGUGUCAGCGUUGUUGUCGCCUUCAUGGAAUGCUUGACAUACACUAAAGAACCAAAGGUGAUUGUGUUUCAGCUCACAGUUAAGAGGGUUCAUCAUGGUGGAAAAGGUGUAUUGCCGCAGUGCAGCUCAUACCUUGUUAGUGAGGUAGCAGAGAAAGAGCUAUACAGGGAAGGUCAGGGCCAGGGUAAGCCCCAGAUGUGGCCUGCUUGCUCCAGCUGGUUCCCACCUCGUACUUCUCACCACCCCCAGGAAUGUCAUAGUAUGGAUCCGUCUAUUUUGAUUAGACAGGGUCAGAUUGUCUUUAGAAUUGCCCUCACAGACACAUGCAACAGCAUGCUUCACUAAGUUGUAGUGAAUAGAUUCUCUAUCAGUCAGCCUGAGACUGAAGACUAUCACAGUGAUUCUGUUUCUUCUAUUCCUCUGUAACACAUAGAAAAGUCCUGCAAGAGAGAACCAAAUGAAUCAAAUAGUGGUCACAGAUAGUGAAAAGUUCAGUAAGUAGCUUGUUGUUACCUAGCAAAUGUGGAGUCCCACUUUAGUGGUCAGAAAACAUGUGCAGUCUGCUAAUAUGUCUAUACUGUAUAGAACUCCUCUGGAGCCACCCAACCUGAGGUGAAGGGCCCUGGCCUGGUGGCACCUACACUUGAGAUGGCUAAUGUUGUGUUGGGUGUUUGCUUGCUGUGUGCCAGGCUCUACCCCUCCCUGUGCUGUGGUGUUUCCUCUUUAUGGAGACAAUGUACAGAUAGAAAACUGCAGGAACCUUCUCUGCUGUACGCAGUAGAGACAAGAAUACGCAGUGGACACAGGAAUACGCAGUGGAGACAGGAAUACGCAGUGGAGACAAGAAUACGCAGUGGACACAGGAAUACGCAGUGGAGACAGGAAUACGCAGUGGACACAGGAAUACGCAGUGGACACAGGAAUAUGCAGUGGAGACAGGAAUAUGCAGUGGAGACAGGAAUACGCAGUGGACACAGGAAUACGCAGUGGACACAGGAAUACGCAGUGGAGACUGGAAUAUGCAGUGGAGACAGGAACACGCAGUGGAGACAGGAAUACGCAGUAGAGACAAGAAUACGCAGUGGACACAGGAAUACGCAGUGGACACAGGAAUACGCAGUGGAGACAGGAAUACGCAGUGGACACAGGAAUACGCAGUGGACACAGGAAUAUGCAGUGGAGACAGGAAUACGCAGUGGACACAGGAAUACGCAGUGGACACAGGAAUACGCAGUGGACACAGGAAUACGCAGUGGAGACAGGAAUAUGCAGUGGAGACAGGAAUACGCAGUGGACACAGGAAUACGCAGUGGACACAGGAAUACGCAGUGGAGACUGGAAUAUGCAGUGGAGACAGGAACACGCAGUGGAGA